AUGGGGGCUUCACGCAAAUCUACAGUUUCAAAGUUUCUCGUCCCUGUUCUUCUCCUGAUUGGCUGGAUUGUGGGCUGUGUCGUAAUGGUUUACGUGAUCUUCUCUUGA